AUGCAAAGGCAAUCGGCCCUCAAUCUGCCUGCAGGCUCCGUAACGUCUCCGGAUUCCGUCCGACAGGUCCAGCGCUUGGAGCAACAGAACCAGAUUCUCACCACCCAGUGGAGUCUCCUGCAAGACCAGGGCCAGAACCAGGCCUGUUCGGAGGCCGACACCAAACUCUUCUACGACCGGUACAUGAGCAAACUGCAGCAAGAGAUGCGAGCUAUCCACCAGGAGAGAGACCAGCUGGAGGCGGAGCUGGCCGAGGUCUUGACGUCCAUGGAGAGCGGGCGAAGCAGGUACGAGGAUGAAAUACAGAAACGCAGCGGCCUGGAAUUCACCUUCAUGGAGCUGAAAAAGGAUUUAGACGCCAGUACCAUACACAGAAUCGAGCUGGAAGUGAAAUUGAAUGGACUUCGAGAGGUGCUGGAAUUAAAGAAAACCAUACGGGAGCAAGAGCACCAGGCGCUGCUGUCGGAAAUCCAGGACAUCUCCGUGGUCCUGGGGAUCGAUAACCGAUGCGACCUCGACCUGAGCCACCUCGUGGAGGAAGUGAGGGCUCAGUACGAAGCCCUCGCGCUCAGGAGCUGGGAGGACGCGGAAGCCCAGACCUGGAGCAAGUUGUGUGGACCCAGCCGGCGGGAGAGGGCGGAGCUGAACAUACACAUUCAGAAGCUGCGGUCGUCCAUCGUGUCCCUGGAGAGCCAGUGCCUGCAUUUGGAAGAGAACAUCAAAGACGCUGGGGAAAGCGGCCAGCUGGCUCUCCAGGACGCCCGGGCCAAGGUGGCCGAGCUGGAGGGGGCCCUGCGGAAAGGCAAGGCAGCCAUGGCUCGCUUGGCAAAGGAGCACCAGGACCUGUUGAGCAUCAAGCUGGCCCUGGACGUGGAAAUCCUCACCUACCGGAAGCUGGUGGAAGGAGAGGAGAGCAGCUUGGAGUCGCAGACGCCCACGGUCGUCAGCACCAUCUGCUCCCGCCCCAGGCCGGUGUCGUCCAUCUCCAGGUGCUUGGGGCCCUCCAAGGUGUUUUCCACGAGAGGCCUUUCCACGGAGGGGGUGAGCCGAAACGGCGCUGGAGAAGACGCCACCCACAGCAGGAGCCAGGGCGCAAGCCCAGCUGGUCAGGAGGCAGAAUUCCAGCCCGGCGGGUCCUUGCAGGCCAACGGAGCUGCGUCCGACUGA